UAUCGUCAGUAUCGGUUAGACGCGCAACCCUCGACAUGUUUCGCCGGCUCGGCGCGACUUUUGUUUUCGUCAUGCACAUUUUUUUACCCGUGUUGCCGACGUACGCGCCAACGUCCAUGUCGUCAUCGUCGGAUUUCACGGGUCCGUCUUUUUUGCUGGAGCCUCCAGGGAAGUUCGAGUUCUCCAACACGACGGGCGCGUGGAUUGACUGCACCGCGGCCGGACAUCCGGCACCACACAUCCGGUGGCUGACGUCCGACGGGACACCCGUGCCGGACGUGCCGUCGCUCCGGCAAGACAUGUCCAACGGCACACUAGCCCUGCUGCCGUUCCCGCCAGCAAUGUACAGACAAGACGUACACAGCUCCGUGUACCGAUGCUUGGCCACCAACGAUGUUGGAUCUAUCGUCAGCCGUGACGUACACGUCAGAGCCG